GAAAUGUAGAUUUUAUAUCUAUUCUUUUUUUUAUUUGAUAAAUUGUGGUUAAUCACAUAAGAUUGGUGAAUUAGUUGAAAGUACGGAAAGAGAGGGAUUCGAACCCUCGGUAAACUAAAGUCUACAUAACAGUUCCAAUGUUACGCCUUCAACCACUCGGCCAUCUCUCCGACAUCAGGGUUAUGACUGAGUACCUGGGUGAAUAGCGAGUUAUUCAUCGUUUUUUAGAUUAUGGUUAAUAGAAACCUUUUUUGACCGGAAAAAAUUGGAAGUAGAUAGAAUGUUUUUUUAUUUUAACGAUUCCGCUUUUAUGUUAGUUCGUACUAUAAAAUUCCUUUGUUUGUGAGACAAUUUUCUCACAAAAGAAAAGGUAAAGGAAAUAAAAAGAGUUAUAGAAUGGAUUACUACCUAUGCCAAGAUCGCGUAUAAAUGAAAAUUUUAUUGAUAAAACCUUUACAAUUGUAGCCGAUAUCUUAUUACGAGUCAUUCCGACAACUUCCGGAGAAAAAGGAGGCAUUUACUUAUUACAGAGAUGGUGCGAUUUGAUUAUUAUUAUUUUUUUUUAUUUCUCGCCGAUUUGGAAUAGAAAGAAAAACGACUAUUGAAAAAAAUCUACGCUUUUGAAGGUGAAGUUUAUAAUAUAAAAAAAAGCAAUCCCUUCUGUCAUGUAUCAACGAUUAAUGCAGCCUUAGAUGCUUCAAUUGUGAAUUCUAGUAUUGAGCAAAAGGUUUUUACCUAUGGUUCCCGUAUUACAGAUCAAACUAAUACACUCUACGAAUAGGAGGCACAGGGGAAGAAGCACUACGCCGAGAAAUCAACAACAUGAAAACUUUCUUCAAAAUGAUUCCUUUUCUUUCUUCUUCUUCUUUGGGAUUGGGACUAAUUAAAAUGGUUGGAACAAUAAACAUCCAUCUUGUUCUUACUUUGGAUACCCGUAUAACCAUUGAAGACUGUUGAAGUGACUAAUUCCUGGAAAUUUAAGGGCGUUGAGAACAAAGAAAUUUUUAGAGUUUCCUUUUUUAUUUUUAUCUAGCAUGAACCCACUUGGUAGUAAGAAAAGAUCUUUUGCAAGAAGGUUGGCUAGGGAUUUCUUGUAAAAACAUUAGCCCCGCUUAGGUCAUAAUGACAUCAAAUUUUUCCAUAUAUUUAUUAUUUUGAUUAUGUACCUAAAGGAGGAGCCGUAUGAGAUGAAAAUCUCACAUACGGUUCUGAAACGGAGAAUUCGGUAAAGCGAAUGACGACCGUAACGGAUGUCGGCUCAAUCUGAAGGAAAUUAUGCGGAAGCAUUACAGAAUUAUUAUGAAGCUAUGCGACUAGAAAUUGACCCCUAUGAUCGAAGUUAUAUACUCUAUAAUAUAGGCCUUAUCCACACAAGUAAUGGGGAACAUACCAAAGCUUUAGAAUAUUAUUUUCGGGCAUUAGAACGAAACCCCUUUUUACCACAAGCUUUUAAUAAUAUGGCUGUGAUCUGUCAUU